AUGGCAAACAAAUAUUUAAUGGAGCUUAAUAUCGAUGAAUUAAAAAAUGAAGCGCGGAAACGGAAUCUACAGACGCAAGGGACUAAAGCCGACUUGCUAAUCAUGUUGGAAAGCCACUUGUUGAACGUAGAGAAAGUUGAGCCCGCCAAUGUAAUAUUUAAGUUGGAUAGUGUCAAAAACCAGUCCAUUAGUGACGCCAAUGAUGACGGUAAAAACCAAAACGGUAUAAGUGACAACGUCAAGGAAACUCGACGUCUGUUAGACGGCCCCGAAAUGGAAAACCGUCUAGGCACACUGGAAAACGGUUUUGACACGAUAUCCGACCGCGUAGUAGGUUUAGACACGGACAUCGACAUUAUUCAAAACCGACUAAAACAAUUUAAUUUGUUAAUUGGGAGAAUAGGUCGAUUAGAAAAUAUUUUAGCCGACUAUGGACUCCUAAAACCGUUUGCAACGGAAACGGACCAACCGACGGAAAAUAUAACGUUGUCUAAACACGCGCAAUCUUUGUCUUACCCUAAACCACACCAAAAUGACGGAAUAAAUCAGGAGACAGUCAGCCACUCGUCUAUGUACCCGUCUUGUUCAAAAAACGGAAUAGACCCGCCUACUGCCUCCUCAAAUUUUGAACCGGUUAUAAAUAAAAGUGUUGGUUUAGGAACCGAAUAUAAUGAAAUUUUAUUCCCCAACCCGAUUAAUUUUAUAAACGGAACCACCGGACAGAGCUCGAAUAAUUUUUUUUAUCAAGAACCACAACACAACAUAAGUGGAAUGGUAAAAAAUAACUAUGGGCGUCCGAGUGGUCAACCGAAUGUAACUUUUGGAGAGGGAAUAAUUUUUAAUAAGCACGGGCUAAAUAGCACGGCUCAUCAAAAUUCGUUUUUAUUACCGCAAUAUAAAAUAGAUGUUGUCCGAAAUUCUUUACCCGAGUUUAGCGGAAAGAAAGUUGAGGACCCCAAACGGUUUUUGAGCGCCGCCGCUAGCGUACUCGUCGAAGCUGAUGUGCCCAACGAAAAAUGGGUAAAAGUGUUAACCCCACAGUUAAAAGGCAGCGCAGGCACUUGGUGGGGAACACUGCGCGCUCUAGACCCCUCAUGGCCCGAAUUUAAAACCGAGUUUUUGGAACAAUUCGACGGCCACGGGAUAAGGAAACAAAUCCGCACAGAACUGUUAAGUUGGAAACAAAACCCGACUCAGUCCUUGCGCGAUUUUGUGUUAGAAAAAUUUCAACUGUUUCGGCGCCGCGAUUGUGGCUUAUCCGAAUUAGAGGCAGUUGAAACGGUAUCCGACUUAAUGCGCGCUGAGUAUCAGGCUCUCGUUCGUGUAAACGCACCGCAGUCAUUUUUAGAGCUAAGGGCGUUAGCGACAAAAAUCGAGGUGAGUCGCGAACCGGAAAAACCCCCGGAAAAACCCAGUAGGCAGGGAAAUACCCGGGAAAAACCCGAAUCUUCGGAGGUACCGGUAAAACCACUUUUUGGGGCGUCCCUUACACGCGACUCUGUAAAAGAGGGCGAAAAGCUGGCGCGCAAACCCGAAAAAAUGGUAAAUACCCCCCUACUAGACCUACUUAAUAUGAACAAAACGGACAUACCGACGGAAGUGGUUAUAUCACGAACCCGACGCGAUUCAGAAACCGAUUCUUUAUAUGAAUUACGACAACAAUUUGCCACACAUGUCAACGCUACUCUUGAUGCUCAACGACACCAAACAGAGGAGUUAACCGGCGACGCUGAAGUAAGCGAGCCGAGCGAAAAACUCAAGAACUUGAUGGUGAUCGACGGACCGGUUCAAGAGGAAGAGCGUAACCAGACCGACAGGAGUGUAAUGCCAACACCGGCAGUGGAAUUGGAGUUCCCGUCGGGCGAAGUGGUGGCACUACUGGACUCUCAAGCUGGACGGACUUAUGUACGGAAAUGGAUUGCCGAAAAAUAUGGGAAUCCGAUAUCAGGACCGGAAGUAGUAGCCCGUAUGGCUGACGGAAGAGUCAUCAACGUGAACGGCUACUGUGAGCUUCAUGCAAAAAUAUCGGGACUGGAAGUUAGAAUCAUGGCGGCAGUGUUAGAUCAGCUCACAACGGACGUGUUGCUGGGCCACGACUUUCUAGUGGAACAAGGUGCUUCAUGGGACUACAGCGCUGGUACUAUUCAUCUGGGCAACGACCAGAGGAAGACUAUCAGUUGGCGACGGCCCCAGAAGACAGAAGAAAAUACGCUUAAGCCGGUAGACCUGACAGAGGUGGAACUGCCGGUAGGCUAUAUGGGUGAACAACUAAGGAAUGUGUUAACACAGUACCCUACAGUAUUCAGUGGACAAGUUGGUCGGACACGGAUAGUAGAGCACGAGAUACGUUUAAACGACCCAAAACCCGUAGCACUAAACCCGUACCCAUACACCAAGGACAAGAGGGCAAAGAUCAACGACACGGUCAAGGAAAUGGAGGAACAGGGCUUUGUAGAACCAAGCAUAUCGCCGUGGGCCGCCCCUGUAGUACUAGCAACUAAGAAGGACGGUACACAUCGGUUUUGCGUGGAUUACAGGCGCUUAAACCUCCAAACCGAGCCCGACGCAUACCCUAUGCCAAACUUGCACGAAUUGAUCCGGACAAUGGGAGGAGCCGAAGUGUUUAGCACAUUGGACCUAAAGUCCGGUUAUUGGCAAGUGAGCUUGAGUCCAGAAGCGCGUCCACUUACCGCAUUUCGUACUGAUAACGGUCUUUAUCAAUUUCGGGUUAUGCCGUUCGGACUGCGCAACUCUCCAGCCACAUUCUGUCGCCUAGUGGAUGAAGUAUUCCGAGGUUAUGUGGGACAGUUUGUACGAGUGUACUUGGAUGAUAUUGUGGUCUUCUCAAAAACCAACAAGGAUCAUCUCUACCACUUACACAAGGUACUGGAGCGCCUAGCCAAAUUUGGACUAACGUGCCAACCAAAAAAGUGCAAAUUUGGAACGCGAAAUAUAAACUUCCUUGGACAUAUGAUCGAUGGUCAAGGAAUCGACACGGAAAUCGGAAAAUUGGAUAUCAUUAGCCGCUUUCCCACACCAAAACGACUGAAGGAGCUUCAGCGUUUUCUGGGAGUUUGCGGAUGGUACAGCCAGUUUGUAAACCGAUACACAGAACUCACAACACCGCUAACGAACCUGUUAGCCAAAGGGGUCAAGUGGCACUGGACGAAUUUGGAACAGGACUCAUUCGAGCGGGUAAAGUUAGCAUUAGUAUCAGCACCAAGACUCAGCCCUCCGGACUAUUCAAAACCGUUUUGCUUGCAAACGGAUGCAAGUGAGGUGGGCGUUGGUGCCAUACUGUAUCAACGCGGGACACCACCACAUGAGAAAAGGGUCAUCAGUCACGUGAGUAAGAAAUUGAACUCAGCACAAACCCGUUACUCAGCAGUGGAGAGGGAGUGCUUAGCUAUCAUUUUUGCGGUUGAUAAGUUCCGUCCUUAUCUGGAAGCCAGGAAAUUCGAAUUGCUUACAGAUAGUGCGGCAUUAAAGUGGUUACAGACGGCACGGGAUAAUAAUAGUAAGCUAACCCGAUGGGCACUUACCCUUGGAACUUACACUUUCGAUAUUAAACAUGUGCCCGGAACCCAAAAUGAAGCUGCAGACGCACUAUCAAGAAAUCCGGCAGAUGGACCAACGGUGGACGAGGAACAACUUGAAAACAACCUCAUUGAACCACCGCUUGGGGACAAACCAGCAACACAUAAGGACGAACUGUUCAAGAUAUCCGGACACGACUUCACCGAUCACCUUACACUGCAGGAGAUCACCGAAUGGCAACGGAAUGACCCAGACAUUCAAAAUCUGAUACAGAUGACCAAGCAAGACACCAGAGAACAACCAUUUCGACUCGAAAAGGACUUGGUGUACCGGAUAACUCCACGAGAUGAGGGCGAUGAUAUCAUAGCCAUAGUAAUACCCGCCAAUAAACAGGAACGGAUACUAUGGAGAUAUCACGAUCAUGAGACUGCCUCGCACCCGGGUUGGAAAGAAACCUGGAGGGCCAUACAAAACCGCUUCUACUGGAAAGGGAUGCGGGAGAUGGUAUUGCAAUACGUCCGGGAAUGUCGAGUAUGUGCUUGUACAAAACCACUCAACAGGAAACCGGAAGAUGCGAUAUCAACACGAGUACCACGGCAGCCUUGGGAAGUCCUGAGCAUUGACCUUAUGGGGCCUUACCCCCGAUCAGCUCGGGGUAAAACGUUUAUACUCGUCGUAACGGAUUGCUUUAGCCGAUGGGUAGAGGCUUUCCCCAUUGGAACCGCAACAACUCGGGUGAUUAUAGACGCGUUGGAGCGCGAGGUAUUUCCACGUUUUGGGUUCCCCCGCGUACUACUAUCAGACAACGGCCCCCAAUUUGUGUCAAAGGCAAUGAAACAGGCGCUGAACCACUGGGGAACAGAAGGGUGGACCACUCCGGUCUACCACCCACGAGCAAACCCAGUGGAGAGACGGAACCAGAAGCUAAAAAAAGGUCUGCGAGCUCAACUACGCGAUAAACCACAUCGUCUAUGGGAUACGUGUUUACCCUCUUUACUGUUCGCGAUACGGAAUCGAAAAAACUCGAAAACUGGCUAUACCCCCUCUCAGCUAGUUCUAGGAAGGGAAGCCAAAGCGCCGGGUGACUGGAUCCUAUUAGGAUCCAGAAUCGAAUUACCCGUAGAAGCCGAACUUAGGAGGAAACGCGCUAGGGUAGUGAUAGGGACCCCUAAUGACAAACAGGUAGGGAAAACCCUAGACAGGUUCUCGAUAGGAGAUUGGGUGUACUACCGCAGUCACCCACUCUCAAACGCAGCAAAGGGAUUUCACGCGGGGUUUGCGUCUAAGUGGAUAGGACCAGUGAGACUGGGAAGUUCCUUGGGGAAUGGUGUUUUCUUCACGGAAACUAAGCCGGUCAUAAAAGUUCACUGCUCCGCGCUAAAACCCGCUUAUGUGACCAAUUACCCUACGCUAAUUUCAGAUGUCGCAACCCCCAGUGAAACGAGAACGGCGACUGCGUCACUGCAAGCCGCGGAGCGUUCCGUUCACAGCGGCAACAGCGGCGAUGACGGCAACAGCAGCGACGACGACGACAGCAGCGACGACGGCGACAGCGGCGACGGCGACAGCGGCGACGGCGACGACAGCGGUCACGGCAGUGGCAACGAUCGACCUCACACUCGAUGUCGCCGACGAAUCGGGAACGAGGGAGGUGGCAAUGGAGGUGGACCCCGACGACACGCUCCAACUAGCCGUCGGGCAGUUGGAUCUCAUGGACGAUAUCCUCGGGGCCCAGAACUACGACCUGCCGGAUGUGGAGUUCCUCCAGGACCUUUACUACACGCCGCUGACGUCACCCGAGCCCGUUCAGCAAUAGCCGUCUGA